UUGGGUCAUCUUGUGAUGACUCACACGAAAUGACAAAAAAAGCAGUUUUUAAUGCGCCUCAUGAGCCUGUCACAGACUCUGUUGAAGGAGUAUUUUUCUCAGCACAUACAUAAUUUUUAUGGGGUUACAGUGGAUUAUGCAUUACACCCUUUUUGAUAAUUGUGUUUGGCUGCUUUUUUGUAUCUUUACUUGUGUUUGUAUUGUUUGCUCUGAUGUUCCUCACACUGUAGGUGAAAGAAAACUACUGAGUGUGGAGGGAGAUGCUGUGACACAGCCUGAUUUAAGGAUCAGAGAAGUGAGAAACGUUAGUUCUAAUUUACCUCAGUGUGUAAAGCUGGGAGGCAGCGAGCUCUUAGCCUUGCACUCUGAUGGGGAUGUUGUCAUUGGGGGUUUUUUUCCACUACAUGUUGCAUCUAAUCCACAGUACAGCUACAACAGCAAACCCCAAACUACACCUUGCAGCCGAAAAGAAGGUGGGUGUGUGGCAUAUCACCGCACUAUCUCAACAUCACCCACAGUGGCUGAGAUAAAAGAAAUGGCAGACAAGCUGCAGAGUUCAACUGCUCGGGUUGUGGUGGUGUUUGCUACAGAAGUGGAACUGCUAGAUCUGUUUUUAGAACUUGCUAGGAGGAAUGUGACUGGGAUACAGUGGAUAGCAAGUGAAGCUUGGGUGACCUCUAGCCGGCUAGCCUCACCUGAAUUCCACCCUCUCCUAGUGGGAACACUGGGGUUCUCUUUCCCCGGAGUCAACAUCCCAGGCUUUCAAGAGUUUCUUUUGAAUGUCCGACCCUCUCCCAAACCAGGAAUGGAAUUUUUCAAUAUGUUCUGGGAAGAACAUUUUGGUUGCAAGCUAGAAUUUGAAAGCCAAAGAGCCAAAGACUAUGAAGCAAAUAUUGUAGAUAGCUUCAAUGAUAUGUAUAGUUUUCGAUACAACAGGAACGGAGAUGAUCAUUUUUUUAAUGGGAGAGUGGAGGAAAAACCCGUGUGCACAGGUUCAGAGGAUCUGCGAUACACUGACAGCAGUUAUAGUGAUGUAUCUCAGGUUAGAAUUUCCUAUAAUGUGUAUAAAGCUGUGUAUGCCAUUGCUCAUGCUCUUCACAAGUUUUUGAAGUGUGACUCAACAGGACUUAAUGAGGGAUUAUGUGAGAUGCACAACUCAUUUGCAAAUGGUCAGUUUCUUCAAGAUCUGAAAAUGGUGAAUUUCACUAACCAGUUUGAUGAGAAAGUAUCCUUUGACUCCAAUGGAGAGCCAGUCCCGCUUUAUGACAUUGUUAACUGGCAGGAGAGCAGCAAGGAUAAAAUCAGCUUUAUCAAAGUCGGAAGCUAUGAUGGUUCAGCUCCACAAGGACAGCAGCUGAAGAUAGUGAAAAACACUAUUGUUUGGACAAAAAAGCAAUCUCAGGUUCCUGUAUCUCAAUGUAGUGCUCCAUGUCCCCCUGGCAGCAGGCAGGCCACACGCCAAGGAGAGCCCAAAUGCUGCUUUGAUUGUUUGCCCUGUGCAGAUGGAGAGAUCGGCAACCAGACUGGUUCCACUGAGUGCACAAAAUGUCCUGAGUACUUCUGGUCAGACAAAGAAAAAGUGAAAUGUGUUGCAGGAUUAGAAGAAUUCCUCUCUUUCUAUGACACCAUGGGAAUCAUCCUGGUUGCACUCACCCUGCUGGGAUUCUUACUGACCACCAUCAUCACCAUUGUCUUUCACAGUUUCCGCUAUACACCCAUCGUCAAGGCCAACAACUCAGAAAUAAGUUUCUUGCUUCUCCUGUCACUCAAGCUCUGUUUCCUGUGUUGUCUGGUGUUUAUUGGUCAGCCGUCUUGGUGGACAUGUAGGCUCCGCCAGGCAGCAUUUGGGAUCAGCUUUGUCCUGUGUUUGUCCUGCCUCCUUGUUAAGACCAUUGUGGUCCUCCUGGCUUUCCGGACUAAUGUACCUGGUUCCAGGGGUCGGAAGCUGUUUGGUACAUCUCAGCAGAGGAUUCUGAUCAUCUGUACAACAGCUCCUCAGAUUUGUCUCUGUUCUGGCUGGGUGUUGGGAGCACCUCCCUUUCCAUUCAGGAACCCAAACUACCAAGCUUCAACUGGAAAAAUUGUUGUGGAGUGUAAAGAGCCAUGGCCUCCUGGAUUCUACCUGCUCCUUGGUUACAUUGGCCUCCUGGCCUUUGUCUGUCUUCUCCUGGCAUUCUUUGGAAGAAAGCUACCGGACACAUUCAACGAAGCGAAGUUCAUCACCUUCAGCAUGCUGAUUUUCUGGGCUGUGUGGAUUUCUUUCAUUCCAGCUUAUGUCAGCUCUCCUGGGAAAUUUUCUGUGGCAGUGGAAAUAUUUGCUAUCUUAGCAUCCAGUUUUGGAUUGUUACUGUGUAUUUUUAUUCCCAAAUGUUACAUUAUUUUACUACACCCUGAGAGGAAUAUUAAGAAAGGCAUGACUGGGAAACAUCAAAGAUGAACAUUUAUAUUCUCAGUGUUUGUGAGAGUAAACAAUUUAUACACUUAUUAUAUUUUAAUGUGAAAAAAAUUUAAAUGUCAUAUGAGCAUUAAACUAUUGUUAAAAGUUUUUACUUUCCAACAUAACCUUGAUUUCAGCAUUUACUCUGUCCUUUAGGGAGCAUUGUCUAAAUGUUAGACAAAAUGAACAGGGGGGUUAAGCCACCAUAGAGAAACCUUUUUUAAAAAACAUUUGAAACCAGGUUAAUUGUCUAAUUUAGUUAUUGUUAUAUGAACUCACAACUGGUGUUGAUACUGCACAAACAUUUUUGCUUUAACUAUUUUAAAAUUUACUGAAGUCUUUCAAACACAGAAACCAUUUACUUCUCUAAAAUAAAAGACUAAAUAUGAUGU